AUGGUUGCUACACGAUCUACACGCUCUUCAAGACCCAAUUACCGGGAAAAACAAGAAUCCGAUCUUAAAGCGGACGUGUGGGACUCUGAUUCUUCUUCGGACUCUGAUGACGAACCUGUGUGGCUGAAGGACGGGUCCCUAAGCGACGGUCAAGACGUGAAUUUGAGUUCUGACGAGGAAGAAGAAGAUGGGGAGCUCAACGACUUGAUAGACGCAAAUGUAGCCAGACUGAAAGACUCAAAGGACCGCGAAAAAAGCGGAGAACCCGAAAGUGUGGACGACGCUACCAUUUCGCUAAAGCUAAACAAGUUACAGGAAUUCGUACAGCAAAGUCAGGUCUACUCUGGAAUUAUCGCAGAGACGCUUCUAAAUAACUCUCAAAAACGCCCCGAGGCGGACGGCGAGGCACCCACCAAGAAGCGCAAAACGAUCACCGAUUUUUUCGGCAAAAAGGACUCCAAGCAGCUGCUUUCGAACGUCGAACAGCAGUUCACACACCAGCAGCCCUCUUUGCUGCGCGGUUGUCAGCUCAAGUCGUACCAGUUGGAGGGUGUGAAUUGGCUAAUCACACUAUAUGAGAACGGGUUGAACGGUAUACUUGCAGACGAGAUGGGUCUGGGCAAAACUCUGCAAAGCAUUGCACUUCUUGCAUUUAUUACGGAGAUGGACACUAAGGGACCCUUUCUAAUAGCUGCUCCGCUGAGCACAGUAGACACUUGGAUAGGCGAAUUUGCCAGGUUCGCACCGGACAUCGACGUAUUGAAACACUACGAUACACAAGGCCAACAGAAGCGGGCCUCUAAAAUCAAAAGCUUCUUCAAGCGCACCAAGGGCGAGGGCGUGGUGAUCACAUCAUAUGAGAUGAUUAUUCGCGAUAUAGAUCUGAUCCUGUCGUACCAUUGGAAAUUUUUGAUCGUUGACGAAGGCCAUCGUAUCAAGAACAUCAAUUGCAAGCUAAUUCAAGAACUCAAAAGAAUUAACACGUCAAACCGUUUACUACUUACCGGAACGCCUCUGCAAAACAACUUAGCGGAGCUAUGGUCCCUGCUCAAUUUCAUUUUGCCAGACAUAUUUGCAGACUUCGAGAUAUUCCACAAAUGGUUUGACUUUGGUGACAUCGAACUCCAGAGCUCAUCGCAAGGUCUCAAUAAACUGAUCAACGAAGAACUCGAGAAAAACCUCAUAUCGAAUUUGCACACUAUUUUGAAGCCGUUUUUACUGAGAAGGUUGAAAAGCGUUGUACUCGCUAACACAUUACCUCCCAAGCGAGAGUAUCUCAUAAAUUGUCAACUUACACCUCUUCAGCGAAAGUUUUAUAAGGGCGCUCUGAAUAACAAGUUGAAGCAGACUGUCUUCAAACGGGCAAUCAAGGAUUUUUUUACCUUGAACCAGGAUCACAUUGGGCAGGUCAGCAACAAGACCAUUCGCAAGUUUAUGGAGUGGAAAGCGAGUGACAGGGAAAUAGAUAUUGAAGACAAACUAUUGUUGCAAAUGGAACAGCUUUAUCGGGAGCAUAUACACCGAGCUCUUCUGAACAAGAGCCUUUUGAAUUCCAUGGUUCAACUGCGACAAGUAGUUGACUCCACGCUUUUGUUCUUCUUCCCGUUCAUCGAUCCGUCACAGCUGACGCUUGAUCUGCUACUCGAAACGUCCGGCAAACUGCAGAUGCUGCAACAACUAGUGCCUCCUCUAAUUCAAAAAAAGCACAAGGUACUGAUUUUCACACAGUUCGUUACAAUGCUAGAUCUACUCGAGGACUGGUGUGAACUCAAUAGCAUUUCAGCCUGCCGUAUUGAUGGCUCGAUGGACAACGAGACUCGCCAGGGUCAAAUUGACCAGUUCAAUGCUUCCAAAGGAAGCUACGACGCUUUUUUAAUUUCCACCCGGGCUGGCGGUCUGGGUAUCAACCUUACGGCAGCUGAUUCAGUCGUGCUGUUCGACAGUGAUUGGAAUCCACAGGUCGACCUGCAAGCAAUGGACAGGACACAUCGUAUCGGACAAACUAAGCCUGUGGUGAUAUACCGGUUCUGCUGCGACAAUACCGUGGAGCACGUUAUUCUGACCCGAGCCGCCAGCAAGCGUCGUCUCGAGAAGAUGGUGAUCCAGAUGGGCAAAUUCAGCAAUCUCAAACGUUUGGCUGGAAACGAGCAGUCUUUCAUCAGUGGUAUGAGCGGCACCGGGGGCCGUGGACAGCGGCAUCAGGUCUCGUCUAAUAAAGAGCUCAUGAACGAGCUCUCGCAGCUUCUUUUGAGCGGAGAAUCAAGUAUUGGGUUUUCGAGAGGACUUGAUGACGGCAAGCUCACCACUGCAGAACUAAAUGAACUUCUCGACCGCUCUCCGAAAUCUUUCAAGUCGGAGAGGGCUGAAGCCCAAUGGCCACACAUAAGACUCUUUGAAACGACUAAUAGUGAGCAAUAG